CCUGCUGCUACCAGCUGCUACUUUUCGAUUAUAUUUAUUAUCUUUCUCAUAAUUUUUAAUCGAGCAAGGGAUGCACCAAUCAAAAUACGAGACUGCUCCUUAUUUAAAGAUCCCGCUGCAACCAGAGAAGUGCGCGACGUGUAUCGCGAUCAUGCAUCGCGAUUAUACAUCGUGAUCGAAUGUCGAAAGUGAGAACCAGCUGAGAUCGAGCAGAUUUAUCGCAAAUUCAAGAUAAAUUUCACGUUUCAAGAUAAAUUUCAAAGAGGAGGAAAUUCAUCGUCGUACGAAAAUUUAUUUACGUGAGGAAUUUGCGAAUUGUCAAUUGGCAUCUUGUGUGACCGUCUUGUGAUCGCGACGAAAAAAAUAUUUUCCAUAUUUCGAAAAAUCAACAAUUAUAUUCUCCCUUUUCACAUCACAUUCCUGAAUAAUCGAAAAUGUCCACGCGACAUAUGAAGAAGAUUUAUGGCAGCGAUGUAAUUCUCGAGAAGGAUUACGAUGCGAGUGAUGCCGAAAUUUCAGUGACAAACGAUACUAAGUCCAAGUCCUUCAACGUCUUUGAUGUGUUAAAUCAGAGCUCUGACAAUGAUGAGCAGGAUACUAGCGACAAGCAGGAUGAGGAUUCAGUUGUAAACUGCGAUGCAAAUUGCAAUGAUGCGAAACGUAGGAAGAAGACGAAAAAACGUAAGAAAUUGGAAAAUGAGAAAGCCAAGAGUCUACAACAUGGUGUAGAUUUUGAUGAAGAUGAGAUUGAGCGAAGUGUAUUGGAAGUGAACAAGUUACUUGGAGAGCCGCUACCGAGUUGUAGUAAUCAACUUUUAGAACCGCAGUGGAUUAAUCAGAAGUCUAAAGAAAAUAUACUGACCGUACAGCAUAAACACUUGAAUCCAUACAACGAAUUAAAGAGAAUAUUUGGUAGUAAAACUGUACAAGCCGAGCAAAACAAAAGAAAAGGUAGAGGCCGUUUUGGACACUUGAAAAAGACAUGGCUGGUUUGCCCACGAGAUAAUUGGCCGCCGAUUGGUAAAUCUGGAUUAACAAUGUCUUUGGAUCAUUCUAUAGAACCUACAGAAAAUGUACAGCAUUUUGUAUACGAACACAGUACUUCGUACAAACAGAUACAACUUAGAUUUUUGCAAGCUGUUGAAAGUUUAAAUCCAGAGAACAUAAUUAGUAUAAUAAACAUACAUUCUUACCAUGUAGACGCUCUCCUCCAGAUAGCUGAAUUGUGUAAAUUGAGUGAGGAUUUACCAAUGGCAGCAGAAUUUAUAGAACGAGCUUUAUAUUGCUUAGAAUGCGCCUUUCAUCCAUCUUUCAAUGUAACAACAGCGCAAUGUAGAUUAGAUUACAAGAAACAACAGAAUCGUGCACUUUUUAUAACACUUUUUAAACACCUUGGAUUUGUUGGUGGACGAGCUUGCUAUAGAACAAGCUUGGAAUUUUGUAAAUUACUUCUGUCAUUGGAUCCUGAAGGUGAUCCACUAGCAGUGGUCUUAGCCAUCGAUUUUUACGCCUUAAGAGCUAAGGAAUACGAAUGGUUUAUAGAAUUUUGUAAUCUAUGGGAAAGUUCCAGAAAUCUAACACAAUUACCAAACAUGGCGUACAGCUUGGCAUUGGCUCAUUUUCGUUUGGGAAAUAAAGAUGAUGCUGAUACGCUUCUGCAAAAUGCUCUUAUCAUGUUUCCAGGUGUACUGAUACCUUUAAUUGAGAAGUGUAAUAUACAAACAGAUACUAAGGUAAUGUAUCAUGAUUUUUUUAACUCUAAAGCUCAAGCUAGUACAUCGCCAGCUCUAGAGAAGCUACAGAAUUUGUAUAUAGCACGUAGCUUCCAUCUCUGGAAAGAGACAGAUAUUUUACCAUGGCUAGAGGAAUGCGUGCAUGCUGUGCUAAAUCGAAUUGAGUCUAAAGAUGAUUACAUCAAGUAUUGUCAAGUAAAGCGUAGUAAACGCUAUCAAGGAAGAUUACCGAAAAACAUUUUAAGACACAUUAUAUUAGCAGACAUGAAGGAAGUUAUAGUUAACGUUCAGGAGAUACAAAACGAAGGUCCAGUGUUGUCACACGAUCCAUUACCACCAAUAGACAGCAUUGAUAUUUACAAGAGACCCACAGCAAAUGACAGAAUAGCUCAAAACAGUUCGAAUUUUCUCUCUCUUUUCUUUUCUUCAUUAUUCACGGAUAUCGAUGGCGCGGCUGCUGCUGGUUUAAAUCUAUUCGAGGAGAAUGAUGACCAUGCACAAUAACUUUUCCUUGUGUCAACUUCAUGGUAAGAAAACUAUAUGCGAUUUCAAUAUAUAACAUACACUGGAGAGAAUGCAAAUAGUAACAUAUGAUAACACAAUAAAAAAAUAAUUUUAGAGUAAUUGGAUUUUUAAUGUACAAAACAAUAAAAAUUUGCAAUC